AUGUUCAAGCUUACGAUCUGCCUGAUAGCCGUGGUCCUUGUGGCAUAUGUCCAGGCCGACAACAUCGACAAAGAUGCCACCAUCCUGAGUGAGAAGAACGAUCCGGCCGAUGCGGAGGGCAACUACGCCUACUCUUUUGAUACCAGCAACGGCAUCCAGGCCCAGGAGGCUGGCAAUGCCAAUGGAGCCACUGGUAGUGCCUCUUGGACCUCACCGGAGGGUGAGAAUAUUGUCCUGACCUAUGUCGCCGAUGAGAAUGGAUUCCAGCCGUCCGGUGCCCAUCUGCCGGUUUCACCACCAAUUCCAGAUGCCAUCCUCCGUGCUCUGGAGUACAAUGCCGCCCAUCCGUCCAACGAAUAAAUACGGAUUGGAUACUAUAUACCCGUUUGAAGGCCUAGUCAGUGGCUUAGUUUUAACCACGUUGUACAUAA